GAUUGUGCGAUAAUGGAUAGCGUAAAUGCGAAAUACGUGUCACAGAAAAUCAGCAAAGUAAGAUGGAGGCCGGUGUCGCUUUCGUCUCUGGAGCAGCCGGAAAUCUUCGCGACAGGCUCUUGGGAUAACGAGGUUAACACAGUGUCCUUUUGGUCUAUCGGAAGUCAUGGAAUUUCCUCUUUGGAAGAGGGAUUGGAUGGAGACCCACAGUUGCUAUGUGAACACAAGCACGAAGGAGAUGUUCUCGAUCUUCAAUUUCUGGACCAAGACAAAGUCAUCACAUCAUCAUCAACCGGCAGUGUUACCAUAUUCCACUAUAACCAAAACAAUCAGGAAGUUUGUGUCUCACACCAGUGGGCAAGAGCCCAUCAUUACCCUUGUGACAACGCCCCCUGUACUGGUGUGGUGUGCAGCAGCCCUGAGAUUGUUACCGUGGGGGAAGAUGGCAGGAUUGUUGUUUACAGAGCUGACCAGGGAGGAAUCAUCAGAGUCAUAGAGAAUGCAGACAGCAGCACAAUCCAUGCGGUGACUUACCUGAAAACAACCGAGAUCUUGACGGUGAAUUCCAUCGGCCAACUCAAAAUAUGGGAUUUCAGGCAACAGAGCAACUCCCCGUCCCAGAUUCUUUCCCUGUCAGGCAGUCGAGUCCCCCUGCACUGUGUGGACAGACAUCCGUACCAGCAGCACAUUGUGGCGACAGGAGGUCAGGAUGGAAUGCUCUGCGUUUGGGAUGUGCGGCAAAACAGCACACCUUUCUCGCUCAUGGAGGCGCACUCUGCUGAAAUGUGGGAAGUCCACUUCCAUCCUACGAACCCAGAUCAUCUGUUCACGUGCUCAGAAGACGGAUCACUGCUGCACUGGGAGACGUCUUCGCCUUCAGAUAUGCCGUCCUUCAUGCAAGGUGGUAGAAACAAUAGCACGGUAUCCCGCAGUGCAAUGGCUCCCGCUGGAGGCAACCAGUCCCUCAUUAGCGCCUGGAUCAGUGGCGAGUCGAGUAAAGGUCGUCUGGAAACAACUCACAUGCUGCCCAGCCAAAUGCUGUCCGUAAACAGUUUGGAUGUACUUGGACUCUGUCUCGUGUGUGGCACUGAUGGAGAGGCUGUUUUUGUAAACAGACAAGUCCCUGUUUAGACACUUUGAAAACAUUACGUGUAGGUUAUUUUCCUGCCACAAUGAUUUGAUGUUGCAUCACAAUACAGUAUGUGCUAUUCAGGUCUUAGCCCUUGUCAUUCCCAGCAUAAUAUUCCAUCUCUUUUUGUAAAAGUGAAUUUUGGAAAUAAAUAAAUAAAUAUAUGAGCUAG